AUUACCGUUGCAUGGCAACUCGUUUGUUUAGGUUUCUGUUUACAAAUCCCUUUUGAAGGACGAACAAUGGACCUCAUCAAGGAGAUUAAUGACAAAUACCUCGCCCUCGAGGCGGAGGUUGAUCAGAAAUUGGAGAAAGUACAAGCUGAGGAACUGAAACUGGAGCAGCAGAACGAAAAGCUGGCUGAGACUUCUACCACCGCUGUUCCGAGGGUUUUGUCCUAUGAAGAAGCUCUUUUACGAAAUACCAACACUUUAAAGGCACUGGAAAUAGCAAAAGCCCGCCUGAGAUCACGUUCCACGUAUUCCCCCGUAGAGAAACUCCUUCAAAAGGCCCUGCAAAAUUACCGAAGGGAACUAGAGAGUCUGGAGGAGGUCGGUGAUAAGAGGGAAGAAAAGGGAAACCCACACGAAGAGGAGGACAACCUGUACGAUCUGGUCAUGCAGAAUGUGAUCGAGGCCAAAAAGCAGCAGACCACCGAUCUAUAGGAUAUUUCCCUGGAACUCCAGCCAAACCAUACCAUACCAUCUAGAUGUAUAUAUU